AUGUACCACUCAUCCAAAGCAUUCAAUUUCGGUGUCAUAUCGUGUCAGUCAUGUAAAGCGUUUUUCCGUAGGAAUGCCCUCAAGAAUAAGGAAUGGAUCCUAAAUGAGGAACAGUUGGGAGUAAUUAAGGCAAAGAUCCUCAACAACCGGAUUAAGAGAAGUCAUCAAAAACAAUGCAAACGUCUAUUGGUCUCCAAAACCCGUAAGGAAUCGGAAUCGGAGUCCGAGUCUACAGACACCGACAUAUCACCAAAAAGUAGCGAUUCCUCCACUAAUUCACCACAAAAUACCACUAAUACUGAGCCCAUCGACACAAUAGUGGCCAAACCUACCCCUCCCGACACGAUCACCACAUGUGAGACAUACUUCUCAAACCAAACGGAGAUUAUUAGUGUUUAUAACAGUUAUAGCGGCGAAAAACUACACGAAUUCCAGUCAUAUGUGGUCUCAAUAGCCAAACACAUCAGUGACUAUACAAGUAGUCUGAAUGACGUCGAGUGCAACAAAUUGAUUGAAUUGUUUAAUGCCAUUAACUUCAUACGCGAGCCCUGCCUACCCACACAACCAGUUAUUAGUGAUAUAUUGAAUUUGAAAGUAGCCAUGGUGCAAAAGUUGGACAAUGAGAUCAGGAGGUUCAUUAAUGUGGCGCAAAAUGUCUCGGAGUUUGGCUACCUGUGCGAGAAUGACAGGAUUGCCUUGAUCAAAUAUGGUGCCAUUGAGAUUAUAUGUUUGCGAUUGAUCCAGUUCUACAACUUUGAUGCCAGACAUUGGACCCUGUUUAUGGAGAGGAAUAAAUGGAUUCUUUCAAAGUUGGAUCAAUUGAGGAGCGAAUCCCUGAAGAGGGGAUUCCGGACGGGAUUCGCCAAAAUCGGCGACGAAUGGGAUUCCGACCCAAUUAUCCUCGAUUUGUUAACAGUUAUACUCCUAUUCGACUCAAACCGGCCUAACCUUACGCACCGACACGUCAUAAAACUGCAGCAGAAUGUAUACAUGUAUUUACUUCAACGCUAUCUACUACUGAAAUACAAGUCUGAAUUCGCGUCUAAAACAAAAUUCUUGAAUCUUAUGAACGCCUUAAUAGACAUCAAUGCCGUGGGAAAGGUGUUCACGAGGAGGUGCUACCUAACGGACCCCAAAUGCUUGGGUCCGUUCCUCCGGGAGAUUCUCGACGUCAGGAUUGACUCAUAAAAACAUUUAGCAAACAGUUUAUGAAUAAUUUUUUUGAAACAAUGAAAUUAUGAUUUAAUUGUCAAUUUUACACAUAGCAUGCA